UAAAAGAGAGGAGAGAGGAUGAAUGGGGGAUGGGGAUGAAGAUGAGGAUGAGGCAUCUGACAACGGCAGAAGCUGCGGUGAGGCUAAGCGUGGCGUUGAUAUUACUCCUCACCGCUUGUCUGAUCGGCUUCGAUUCUCAGACAAGAAUCAUCGCUUACUACCACAAGAAAGUCACUUUCAGGGUCUUGAAAUCUCUCGAAAUCGGGAUGUACAUAGAUGCUGCGGCUGCCGCAUAUAAUCUGCUUCAGUUGGGGUAUCUAUGGUUUAGGGUUAAACAGCAAAAGGACUCGAAGUCGGUCUACGUCCCUUGGCUCUGCUAUAUUUUGGAUCAGACAGCGGCGUACGCGGUGUACGCGGGGACAUGCGCGGCGGCGGAGAACUCGCUGCUGGUGGUGAGAGGGUCGAAGGAGUUGCAGUGGAUGGAAUGGUGUAGCAAGUACACGAGGUUCUGCUUCCAGGUCGGAGGGGCCGUCGUCUGCAGCUUCCUGGCCGCCGCCCUCAUGACCCUUCUCUCCGCUCUCUCCGCCUUCCGCCUCUUCCGCCUCUACUCCCCCUCCCGCUUCCUCCUCCUCAAAUCCACCAUCUCCUCCUCUUAACUUCAUCUCUCUCUUUUUAAUUUAUAUGUAUUUCCCACUUCAAACUGUAACCAACAAAAUAAAAGCAAUUUAUGUAUUGGUCGGCUUUGUGUGAUACAGUUCUUGUGUCAAAACCUCCGGAAAGGAACCCCAUUACCAACAAACUUGGAUGUUUGUAUUUACAUUUUUCGUGGUA